AAGAGGAGGAGAUCCGAGGUGCGAGUGAACGCCGCCAUGAGCUUCACGCCGUGAGGACCUGGCCAGACAGACGACAGACAGGAUGAAGCUGAGGGGAAGGUCAGCUUGGCCUUGGCAGGUGGCCUUCCUUGUUGCCUUGGUGAUGCUCUGGGUUGACCCCGUGUCCGCCGGCAGCCGUAAUCAUCGGGGACCAACAGUGUCCUAUCAGGUGAAGCAGGGCACCUGUGAGGUGGUGGCCAUCCAUCGCUGCUGCAACAAGAACAAGAUUGAGGAGCGAUCUCAAACCGUCAAGUGCUCCUGCUUCCCGGGGCAGGUUGCUGGGACGACCAGAGCCAGACCCUCCUGCGUGGAAGCCUCUAUUGUCGCCCAGAAGUGGUGGUGCCACAUGCAGCCCUGCAUGGACGGAGAGGAGUGCAAAGUCCUGCCCGACCUGACAGGCUGGUCAUGCAGCACCGGCAACAAAGUCAAAACCACCAAGGUUACACGAUAGCGAGAGAGCCGCCGAGGCAAAAGGAAACCCGAAGCGCUCCAUGUGGAGACGGCGGAUGACUCACGCAUUCACA